AUGUCUGAUGUAAAUAGUGGGGAACUCCCUAAGGGGGAUUCCUCUUCUGCUACUUCUGCUCCUCAGACUGCUAACACGAGCAGCAGCAGCAGCAGCAGCAACAGCAGCAGCAGCAGCAGCAGCAACAGCAAGAGCAACAGCAGCAACAGCAGCGGCAGCAGCAGUGGUAGUGAGACAAGUACACAUAGUACUGCUGCACCUAUUCAUCCUCCUCUUCCUCCUCCUGCAGCAGCAGCAGCAACAACAACAACAACAGCUCCUCCUGCUGCUGCUCCAGCAGCCCCUCCUGCUGCUGCUGCAUCUGCAGCAUCUGCUGCUGCUGCAGCAGCAGCAGCACCUGCUGCUGCAGCAGCAGCUCCAGCUCCUAUACCUCGAGCAAAAGCUGCUGCGCUGCGUCGUCCUGCUUCUGCUCCCUUAAUGAAGCCAUACCGUACAGCAGCAACAGCAGCAGCAGCAGCAGCAGCAGCAGCAGCAGAUGCACGUCCAGCAGCAGCACAGGAGAUAGCAGCAAUAUGGCUGCAGCAGCAGCAGGAACAUCAAAUAACAGCAACAAUAAUAACAAUAAACAGCAGCAGCAGCAGCAGCAGCAGCAGCAGCAAAGGUGUACUGGUGGUGGUGAUCAAGAUACACCUCAUGCUUCUCGUGCAUCAACAGCAGCAGCAGCAACAACAACAGGAGGAGGAGGAGGAACAACAGCAACAGGAACAGCAACAGCAGCAGCAGCAGCAGCAGAAAAAAGAUUAG